AUGCCGUCUCCUCUUGCAGACCCCGUUAAGCUCCCCUGCGGGCUCGUACUGCCAAAUCGGCUCAGCAAGGCUGCUAUGGCCGAGUUGAUGGCCAAGACAAACCAUCCGACCAAUUCACUCACAGAUGCAUAUGAACAGUGGUCUGAUGGUGGAUGGGGUAGUAUCCUCACAGGAAAUAUUCAAGUCGACGUGGACCACAUGGGCAGUCCCUUCGACCCAGCUCUACAUAAUGAAUACAAAGACGCUGAAAAGAACGCCGACCUCGUCGCCCAAUGGAAGAAGUAUGCUGAUGCAUGCCAAAAACACGGUACCCCGGCCAUUGCCCAGAUCUGUCACCCAGGCCGGCAAUCAUUCCGUGUCGCAGGUCGCAGAGGCAUGUUUGCGCAGACGCUAGCGCCUAGCGCGGUACCUAUCAAUCUUGGUGAGGGGUAUAUCGAACGGUUCAUCGGGUGUUUGGCUUGGACGACGCCGAAGGAAAUGACAUCUCAGGACGUCGAGAGAGUCAUCGGCCAGUUCGUGGAUACUGCCCGACUCAUGGCCGAUGCUGGUUUCUCGGGUAUUGAAUUGCACGGUGCUCAUGGUUAUCUAAUUGAUCAAUUCCUAAAUGAAAAGACAAACCUCCGCACAGACAAAUAUGGCGGCACACCAACCAAACGCGCCCGCUUCGUCCUUGAAAUCCUCACCCAAACACGCAAUGUAGUCCCGCCAACCUUCUGCAUCGGCAUCAAACUCAACUCCGCAGACCACAGCUCAGCCACCUUCGAAGAAACAAUGACUCAAAUCGCCCUCCUGUCCGAAGCCGGAAUCGACUUCAUGGAAAUCUCAGGUGGGUCGUACGAAAACCCCGCGAUGAUGGGGUAUGCGAAAACGCCGUCUGCGCGCACCGCAGCGAGGGAAGCUUUCUUCCUCGAAUUCUCGAAGGAGGUCCGUACCCGGCAUCCGGGUUUGGUUCUUAUGUUGACGGGUGGGUUCCGAUCGCGCGCGGGUGCUGAGGCGGCGGUUAGGGAUGGUGCUUGUGAUCUUGUUGGUAUUGGGAGGCCGGCGGCUGUGGAUCCCAAGUUCCCGCGCUUGUUGCUUGAUGAGAGUGUUGAGGAUGAGAGGGCUUGUUUGCCUUUGAAUAAGGCACCGGUCCCUUGGUAUACGAGGUUCUUGCCUGCGUAUCUUAUUGGUGCUGGGGCGGAGAGUGUGAGUUCUUUGAUGUUGUGGUUGAGGGUUGGGCUGACUUUUUGGCAGACUUAUUAUGCGGCUCAGAUCCAGCGCUUGGCUAAGGGGCUUAUUGCGUUUGCGCCUCCUUUGUAA